AUGGAGGUGGAGGACUCGGGCGGCGUGGUGCUCACCGCCUACCACUCGUACGCCCGCUCCCAGCCGCCCAGCGCCGAGCCGCGCUGCGCGCCCCGCGCCGCCGCCAGCCUCCCGGGCAGCAGAAAAUCCAUUCCUCGCUGCCGCAGAAUUAACAGGAUGCUCUCCAAUGAAUCCCUCCAUUCUCCUGCAUUCAGCCGCUCCAACUCACAAGCCUCCGUGGACAGCGCCUCCAUGGACAGCACCUCCAUGGAGGAUUUCUGGCGGGAAAUAGAAAGCAUUAAAGAGAACAGCAUGGGAGGGCAAGAGGAGCAGGCACCAGCUGAGGUCAAGCCUGUGGAUGAAGGAGAACUUGAAGCAGAGUGGUUGCAAGAUGUGGGUUUAUCAACCCUGAUCUCAGGUGAUGAAGAGGAGGAUUGCAAAGCCUUGCUCUCCACAUUGACUCGAACCCAAGCAGCUGCAGUGAAAAAGAGAUAUAAUACUUACACUCAAACCAUGAGAAAAAGGAACAAGCAAUCUGUCAGGGAUGUCAGAGACAUCUUUGGAGUCAGCGAAUCUCCUCCAGAUGCUGCUUCUCUCAACAGUACUACCUUGUCAGAUGGGUCCCAGGAUGAAGAAGGGAAGUUUGCACUUCCCGGGAGUGGCUCUGUGUCCAUCCUUGAGACUAUUCCAGAUAUACCAGUUCAUUCCAAUGGAUCAGCAGGCCCUGGACAGUCAGUCCAGAAUUCCGUGAGCGAUGAUGAUUAUCAGGUUAAGAACAUUCCACCUGAGGCUGAAGAGCUGUCCUUUGAAGUAUCUUACUCAGAAAUGGUUACAGAGGCUCCAAGAAAAAGUAAAUUUAAGAAGUCGGAUUUUAAGAAAGAAGACUAUGUUUUUACUAAACUUGUUGUUCAGAAAACCAGAUUUGGCUUAACUGAAGCAGGGGAUCUGUCUUCAGAAGACAUGAAGAAAAUCCGCCACCUCUCUCUGAUUGAGUUGACGGCCUUUUUUGAUGCCUUUGGAAUUCCACUGAAGAGAAACAAAACAGAGAAAGUAAAAGGAAGAGACAACGGGAUUUUUGGAGUUCCACUUACAGUCCUACUGGAGAGUGACCGAAAGAAGGACCCUGGAGUAAAAGUGCCCCUUGUGUUACAAAAAUUUUUUGAGAAGGUUGAGGAAUCGGGUUUGGAAUCUGAAGGAAUUUUUCGACUUUCAGGAUGUACUGCCAAAGUCAAGCAAUACCGUGAAGAACUGGAUGCCAAGUUUAAUACCGACAAAUUUAAAUGGGACAGAAUGUGCCAUAGAGAAGCUGCAGUGAUGUUGAAAGCCUUUUUCAGAGAAUUACCCACUUCUCUCUUCCCUGUGGAAUACAUACCUGCCUUCAUCACGCUAAUGGAAAGAGGGCCUCACAUCAAAGUACAGUUUCAAGCUUUACACCUCAUGGUCAUGGCACUGCCUGAUGCCAACAGAGACACAGCUCAGGCCCUAAUGACAUUCUUUAAUAAAGUGAUUGCCAAUGAAUCAAAGAACCGAAUGAGCAUAUGGAAUAUUUCUACUAUAAUGGCACCAAACCUUUUCUUCAGUAGAAGCAAGCAUUCUGACUAUGAAGAAUUACGCUUAGCAAACACUGCAGCCCACAUCAUCCGCCUAAUGCUUAACUACCAGAAAAUUCUGUGGAAGGUCCCAUCUUUCUUAAUCAACCAAGUCCGAAGAAUGAAUGAGGCCACCAUGUUGUUAAAGAAGCAGCUCCCAAGUGUCAAAAAGUUGCUAAGGAGGAAGACCAUAGAACGAGAGGUUACAAGCCCCAAGACUUCAAAGGUACUACAAAAAUCACCCUCUUUAAGAAGAAUGUCUGAUGUGCCAGAAGGCGUCAUAAGGGUCCAUGCUCCACGUCUUUCGAAGGUUUCUAUGGCCAUUCAGCUCAGUAGUCAAACCAAAGCCAAAGACAUUCUGGCAAAAUUUCAAUAUGAGAACAGUCACAGUUCUUCAGAAUGCAUUAAAAUUCAGAACCAAAGGUUAUAUGAAAUUGGAGGAAAUAUAGGACAGCAUUGCUUGGAUCCAGAAGCUUAUAUAUUGGAUGUAUAUCAUGUAAAUCCUCAAGCAGAAUGGGUCAUUAAACCCCAAUCAAGUUUUUGA